UACUUAAAAAAAAGUUCACACCCCAAAAGGCCACAAGCACUGCCCCCCCUCCCUUGGGCAGUACUAGGCAAACUGGGAGUCUGUGAUUGGUUCUGGUGAAGUAGGAGAGAGACAGGAAGUGACCUGGAAAAAGGAUUAUAAAAGACCAGAGGGAGGAGAAAAUUGAUUCAUUCCUUCCUUGGCUCUUUGACAAGGAUUCUCUCUCUCUCUCUCUCUUGGUUGAUGCUUUUCAACGUGAGCUUUGGUGAGAUUCUUGGCAGCCUUAGCCUCGUGUGUGCUGAAGAUUCUCAGUGGAUUUUUCAGGGUCUCCUGGCUCUUUGGAUUUCAGCUUCCUAAUUAGGAUUUUGGAUUCUGGAUGACUCGCCAUGGGAAGAACUGCACAGCAGGGGCUGUAUACACCUAUCACGAGAAGAAGAAGGACACUGCUGCCUCCGGCUACGGAACCCAGAAUGUGCGCCUGAGUCGAGAUGCCGUCAAGGACUUCGACUGUUGCUGCCUUUCCUUGCAGCCCUGCCAUGACCCUGUUGUCACCCCUGACGGCUUCCUGUAUGAGAGGGAAGCAAUUCUGGAGUAUAUUCUGCACCAGAAGCGAGAGAUUGCCCGGCAGCGGAAGGCCUACGAAAAGCAGCGAGGAGCCCAGAAGGAGGAACGGCGGGAGCUGAGCCGGGCGGCUGCCCAGGACCAGCUCCGGGGCUUCCUGGAGAAGGAAGCAGCUAUCGUCAGCCGGCCCCUCAACCCUUUCACCCCUCGGGCGGGAGCCAGCCCAGGAGAGCCACAGCCAGGAUCUAACUCGGCCCCCGAGGCUGCAGACAAGGACAAGGCCAAGGAGUUACCGAGUUUCUGGAUCCCAUCCCUGACCCCGGAAGCCAAGGCCACCAAGCUGGAGAAGCCGCAGUCUCGAAUCGUGACGUGCCCAAUGUCAGGAAAACCCCUGCGCAUGUCGGACCUCAUCUCUGUCCACUUCACGCCCGUGGACGGCUCCGUGGACCGCGUGGGGCUGAUCACCCGCAGCGAGCGCUACGUCUGUGCAGUGACCCGGGACAGCCUGAGCAACUCCACCCCCUGUGCCGUGCUGAGGACCUCGGGAGCCGUGGUGACUAUGGAGUGUGUGGAGCGACUGAUCCGCAAGGACAUGGUGGACCCCAUAAGCGGGGUCCCCUUGACAGACAAGGACAUCAUCCCGCUGCAGAGGGGCGGCACUGGUUUUGCAGGUUCUGGGGUGCAGCUGGAAGCGAAGAAGUCUCGCCCCGUGAUGCAGGCCUGAAGGGGAGCAGGGGAAUGGGGAGGGUGGGGUGGGUGAGAAGCAAUUCUGGACAAAGCAAAGGGAUAAUAAACGUCCUGGCGUCUGGUUCUAGUCCCCAUGUAUUGGGGUGUUGGGGCCCACACAUCCCUCUGCCUGCCCCACUCUGGGACCCUCCUCGAAAAGAGGACAGACUCCAGGAGCUUGAGGCCUCAGCUUUUAUUCCAGCCCCCCGUCCUGCCCAUCCACGGGCUCAGAAUAUGGGGCGUGAGGCCUCGAGGGAGGCAUAUAGAGAAUUGUCGGGGUUCAGAUCUCCUAUACUCGUGACUUUGAGGGUCCCAGUGCUCCUCCUGACGCUCAGGGCCAGGCCUGGGAAAGGCUUGGAGGGGCCCAGACUUCUAUACCCUGAAAGCUAUGGUUGGUAGCUCCUGGGGCUCCCAGGAUUGGGGGGACAGACAGUCCCCAGGGAAAGGCCCUUUGGGUGAGGAAGGAUUCAGUUUUGGGGGGACUCCGUACCAUCAGUCCCAGCCAGGUGCCUGGCACAGCCGAGUUUCUAAUAAAGGAUAUUUUGCUGGA